AAAUCAACGCAGCGGUUGUCUAAAAAUACAACAUUUUCGGUCGUUUUAAUUAUAUAGCUCAAAUGGCUUUAAAUUACAUAAGUAGUGUCAGCUGUCAAUAAUGUCAAAUCUUCAUUUAUUUUGAUUUUUAUUCAUUUGUUCUUCAGUCUGUGGUUGCCGUGCGAUCCUAUUGGACUGUGAAGUUUUGUGAUUUAUACGGCAAAAAAUAAUAUGAGACAAAGCUCCGUUAAAUGCUAAUAUAACUUGAGCGAAAACUUAGAAUUCCUGGGACGCAAUCGCCAGACGCUUGAGUCCUACGGGCACUGCAAUACAGUUAAGAUGGUGCAUGAGAGCUAUGAGAAGCAAAGAUUUAGGCAGUUAAUGAAGAGUCUACAACAAGACUAUGAGAUGGUGGAGAAAGUAAAGGAGAACAUUCUGAUCCGCGAGCCGCUAUCACUCCGCUGGCUCGUCCUGGGCGCGCUGAGCUGUGUACUAGCAGCAUUGGCUCUGCUGGCAGCGGGUGACUUACUACCGGAACCACUCACGCAAGCCGCUGAACCGACCAGCUUUAUUGCUGAAAACGCGCAUAUACACCUUGUUAACCUAACUUCUAUAGGCCCUAGGGUCGCGGGUAGCUACGAGAACGAAGUGCUAGCGGUGGGUGUGCUAGUAGGCGCGCUGCGUGAGAUCGCGGCCGGCGCUGCACCGCACCAUAUACUCGAAAUAGACGUGCAUACAGCAAGCGGCGCGUUCUCUCUGUCUUUUCUGGAUGGCAUGAACAACGUCUACCGCGACGUCCAAAGCGUAGUGGCGCGCCUCUCAGCGCGCGGAGGCCGCCCGCCGCCCGCGAGCCGAAGAAACGCACUUCUCAUCAACUGUCACUUCGACACCGUGCCCGACAGCCCUGGCGCCAGCGACGAUGGCGCGGGGUGUGCCGUGGGCCUAGAAACAUUGCGAGCGCUGGCAGCCGCGCCUGCCCCGCACCCUCACGAUGUUUUACUACUCCUGAAUGGUGCUGAAGAAAACAUCAUGCAGGCUUCCCACGCGUUCAUAACCACCCACAAAUGGGCGCCGUCAGUGCGAGCGUUCAUCAACGUGGAGGCGUGCGGCGCCGGCGGGCGGGAGGUGCUGUUCCAGGCCGGGCCGCACGACCCCUGGAUCAUGGAGGUGUACGCAUCAUCGGUGCCGCACCCGUUCGCGUCGUCUCUAGCGCAGGAGAUAUUUGAGAGCGGCCUCAUCCCUGCCGACACCGACUUCAGGGUGUUCCGGGACUUUGGCAACCUGUCUGGUGUGGACUUAGCUUGGAGCGCGAACGGCUACGUGUACCACACCAGACUGGACACAGCCGACCGAGCACCGCCCGCCACCCUCCAGCGCACUGGAGACAAUGUGCUGGCCCUUGCUAAAGGACUACUCCAGAGCGGUCGGCUCUCCCGCAAAGUGGAACGCACGGCCGGCCAGCCAGUGUUCUUCGACGCUCUCGGCGUGGGGCUCGUUCUACUGCGGUCCCACGCCGCCGUGGCGGUCGCUGUAGCGGCCCUCGCCGCGGCCGCCCUGAGGAUCAAGCUCCAUGCCGGCUUGGCGAGGGAUGAACUAUACAUGAAGCCAGGCGAAUGGCUGCGUCACGUAGCCACCACCCUUGUGCUGGGGUCGGUGGCCGCGCUGUGCGGGCUGGGCUGGGCCGCGGCGUCCGGCGCGGUGCUGCACGCCUCGGCCGCGCUGGCGUUCUACAGCGACCCCUGGUUGUUAGCCCCGCUGUACGCCGGGCCUGCCACCACCCUUGUGCUGGGGUCGGUGGCCGCGCUGUGCGGGCUGGGCUGGGCCGCGGCGUCCGGCGCGGUGCUGCACGCCUCGGCCGCGCUGGCGUUCUACAGCGACCCCUGGUUGUUAGCCCCGCUGUACGCCGGGCCUGCCACCACCCUUGUGCUGGGGUCGGUGGCCGCGCUGUGCGGGCUGGGCUGGGCCGCGGCGUCCGGCGCGGUGCUGCACGCCUCGGCCGCGCUGGCGUUCUACAGCGACCCCUGGUUGUUAGCCCCGCUGUACGCCGGGCCUGCCACCACCCUUGUGCUGGGGUCGGUGGCCGCGCUGUGCGGGCUGGGCUGGGCCGCGGCGUCCGGCGCGGUGCUGCACGCCUCGGCCGCGCUGGCGUUCUACAGCGACCCCUGGUUGUUAGCCCCGCUGUACGCCGGGCCUGCCACCACCCUUGUGCUGGGGUCGGUGGCCGCGCUGUGCGGGCUGGGCUGGGCCGCGGCGUCCGGCGCGGUGCUGCACGCCUCGGCCGCGCUGACGUUCUACAGCGACCCCUGGUUGUUAGCCCCGCUGUACGCCGGGCCUGCCACCACCCUUGUGCUGGGGUCGGUGGCCGCGCUGUGCGGGCUGGGCUGGGCCGCGGCGUCCGGCGCGGUGCUGCACGCCUCGGCCGCGCUGGCGUUCUACAGCGACCCCUGGUUGUUAGCCCCGCUGUACGCCGCGCCUGCGGUGGCGGUGUGGUGGCUGGCGACGCUGCGUCUGGCGCGCGGCCGGCGGGUGGCGCUGGCGUGUCGCGGCUGGAAGCGCGCGCGGCUGGCGGGCGACGCGCUGUGCGGGGGCUGGGCCGCGCUGCUGCUGCUGUGCACGCUCACCGCGCUGCGCUCCGGGUUCAUUCCAGCCCUAUGGACAGUGGGCCUGUCCGCGUCCAGCAUCGCGGCGUACUUGCUGCGGCUGCGGGGCGGCGCCGCCCUGCUCUGCUGGAGCGUGGGCGCCGCGCUGCCCGCGCUGCAGACGGGUUAUGUGGCGCUGGACGCGCUGACCAUGUUCGUGCCGAUCAUGGGCCGCGCUGGACCGGUGCCGCACGACAUAGUGAUGGCCGUGGUAUCGGCCUCGCUAGCGAUGGCGGCUUGCUCCUGGCUGCUGCCGCUAGUGUCUGUAGCUCGGAAACUACAUCGACUAGCACUAGCAAUACUGGUGCUACAAGCAGUAACGUUAGCUGCAGUACUGUUGACGCCGUUGGGUAACCCUUACAGUCCCACUCGGCCGCAGCGACUAAUGGUGUUCCACACGCGUCGCACCGACCACGUGACGGGGACGCAAGAGAAUCUAUACUGGAUGCCCGAUCUGGACAGCAACUCGCCGCAUUCGCUCGACCCGUAUGUGGCCGCAUUCAAGUCAGCCGUCCCGACCUCUGCCGCGGAGUGCUCGCGCUGGGUGUACUGCGGCGCGCCCUACUACCUGCCGGCGCGCGCCGUCGUGCCCCGAGGACACUCUGCGCCUGCGCCCGAGCCGCCACUCACUAAAAUAGACGUACAGUUGAAGCUGGAGAGGAACCCCAAUGUGUUCCGGAUGAAUGUUACAGGGCCUUCGCAUGUGGUGGUAAUACUAUCCCCCUGGGAAGGCGUGAAGGUGUCCCACUAUACGGCUAGCGGGGCAGGGGGUGGCGUGCCGCGGACGGCGGAGCCCCGGGGCGCGCGGGAGACAUACUUCCUGGCGCUACACGACGCGCGCGCGCCGGCGCCCUGGCAUCUCACCUUCGAUCUAGAGUUGGAAGAUGGCGCCUCACCGCCCAAAGACGCCUGGGUGGACAUAUCAGUGGCGGGCCACAGUCAGUCCGGGCCGACCAAAGAAGCGCCUGCGUUGAAGGAAUUACUAGCUUCCUUACCGCCGCAUGCCGCACCCGCCGCCACUGGAUGGGGCGUUGACUUACACUUGUAUAGAGUGUAGUAUACUGAUUGUGACUUAUGGUGGUGAUGGUGGUGAUGAUGGUGGUGGUAUGGUGGAUUCGACAUACAGAUUGUGAUUCAGAUAUUAUGUUAGUGAGUAACGAACAACAUUUCGGCGAUGUUUAUUGUUUAAUUAAGAAACUUUUCAUAUCAUACCACGCUGUGGAGACGCGUGGGUUAUGGAUAGCCCCAGGCCAGUCCCGGCCAUUCAAGAAGACACCCUCCUGAAAGAGUUCCUUACCUGCUUCCCUCACGCUGCUUCGAACUAUAGUGUAACCAUGGUAUAAUAAUAUACUCCGCCUGGUACUCUCUUCCCGUCUUUUCGUGGUCACGUGACUGACACAAGCCUACGUCAUCAUGCGACAGCGCUAUAUGAUAAUAUGCGAUAGCGCUAUAUAAAGUGGCAAUGUUAUUGUGACGUAGGCUUGUGUCACUCUGGGAAGAGAAGACCAUGUUUUAUUAGACUAUGAGUGUAAUUAAAAAUAAAUAUUGUAUAGUGGUUAUAGUGAGUUAUGGAAGAAAACAAAAUACUUAUUAUAAAAAGCUUUGUGGGCUGCCGGCGGCCUAUAAGAAUACAGCAUGAAAGCAGGCUAUUAUGAACAUUUAGGAACUUCGCCGACAUGUUGUUAGAGUGUUUAACCCUUUACCAGGCUGACAGUUCAAAAACGAAAAUCGAAUGUCAGUCUUACUGAUCGAAAAUAGAACAUAUGUGUGAAGUGCCGUAUGUGGGAAAUAUAUAUACCUUAGCCUGGUAAAGGGUUAAGACAUUGAGAACUGUGAUAGAUAAAUAAUAUCAUGAUUAUAGUGCGUAUACAAAAUAACUUGUUGACGAAAAGGUUAACGUAAAGGUUGUAAUUUACAAAGUACAUUAAAAUAAAAUAAAAAAAACAAUUUAACUUAUUUUAGUGCUUAAAAAUGUUAUGCUUCUGACAAAAUUGUAAGUGAAAAAACUAUUAUGGUGAUACUGUAAAUAUUGGUACUAUCUAUUUGGUGCACUCUGUUGAUUUUGUAUUUUAAUACCAUAGGGAUAUCAGAUUAAGUACAUAUUUUUAACUCUGUCACAAUCAUAGUAGGCCAAGCAAUAAGAAGUUAUAGAGGGAAAUGCUAGGAACACAAUUUUUUACUACGUAACUUUGUUUGGACUAGUUAGGAGGUGAACAUAUCAAAAGUCCCCGGCCGUAGCCCCGGUGCUGGGGGGUAGAGGGGAGAAAGAAGGUCUCAUUUUUCGGUUUUUCACUUAUAUCUUGGAAACUUUGCGUCUUAGCGACAUGACUACUAAGACAAACCAAAAGCUGAUAAAAUUUGUUACAAGUUUUAUUCAGUCAAGUUUUUCGAUAUCUUGAAUAGUUUUUGAGAUAUCCGCUCUUGAAAGUUUAUUUAGGGCUUUCAAUUUUAUCUUGAUAUCUACAUUAGUGACACUGCUAGACCGUGUUUGGUAUCAUUUUCGUAUAAAUCGGGGGUGCUGAAUUCAGUUUUGGUAUCACAUUGACACCAUUCCUAAGAAAAAACAUAUAAACUUUAAACAAAUACCUUUUUUUUUAAAUUCCUCUUCACGCUUAAACCGCUCAACCGAUUUAAUUGAAAUUUGGUAUACAGAUAUUUUGAGUCCCAAGACAGGACAUAAGAUACUUUUUAUCUCAAUAAUCAUCCUUUAAAGUUGUGAAAUGGAGUAUGGGGGGAAUUCAAAUUCGUCGACGAAACUGAAUUCCUGAGGUUAAUACUGCUCAAGGUAAGGUUUGAAGUCAUGUUUGGUAUCAUUUUCAUCUAAAUCACAGAUGUAUUCCGUCCUAAAUUUCAUCUAAACCGGUUCAGCGGUUAUUGACUCCCCAUACAAACUUCCACCCCACUUUUCACACCCUCAAAAGAUGCUUUUGGUUAUUAAAACUAUCCUCUGUUCUGUGUCGAGACUGAAACUAUUUCUAUACCAAAUUUCAACGAAAUUGGUUCAGCAGUUUAAGCGUGAAGAGGGGUUUAAAAAAAUAUUUUUUUUUAAAAUUUUGGUUUUACUUCGGAAUAGUGUCAAUGUGAUACCAUAAAUGAAUUCAGCACCCCCGAUUUAUACGAAACUGAUACCAAACAUGGCCUAACAGCUUCACUGACGUAGAUAUCAAGAUAAAAUUAAAAUCCCUAAAUAAACUUUCAAGAGCGGGUAUCUCAAAAACUAUUCAUGAUAUCGAAAAACUUGACUGGAUAAAACUUGUAACUAAUUUUAUCAGCUUUCGGUUUGUCUUAGUAGUCAUGUCGCUAAGACGCAAAGUUUCCAAGAUAUCAAUGAAAAACCGAAAAAUUCGACCUUCUUACCCCCCUCUACCCCCCAGCAGCGGGGCUACAGCCGGGGACUUUUGAUAUGUUCACCUCCUAA